CGGGGCCUGCGAGCGCGGGGCGCGUCGUGGGGGCGCGUCGUGGGGGCCCGGGGUCUUCGCGGGCCGAUUCGGCCGGCCGGUGGGCAGGAGACAGUCUGGUGUGGAGAUCGUGGAGACAGGGGGGGAAUCCCUGGCCUGGAAGAGUCGGGCGCUGCGGGGCAGGGGCUCGUGGCCAGUCCAGUGGGCUCGUGUUCACCGCCCUCUGUGCGUGAGUCAUUUCCCACGUGAGGACAGCCGGUUCUCAGAGCGGCUCACAAGCCCGGCGUUUAAGCCACCUGAUCUCUGCCUCUUUCCCAGAAGAGCCGGAAAUGACCAAGUCCCUGGAAUGUGUUUUUCAGGGGUCAGUGUCAUUCAAGGAUGUAACAGUAGACUUCAGCAGGGAUGAGUGGCAACAAUUGGACCUUGCUCAGAAAAGCCUGUACAGGGAUGUAAUGCUGGAAAACUAUUUCAACUUGAUCUCAGUGGGGUGUCAAGUGCCCAAACCAGAAGUCAUCUUCAGUUUGGAGCAAGAAGAGCCAUGUCUGCUGGAUGGUGAAAUCUCAAGCCACAGCUGUCUUGAUGGGGAUAUUGGUUUUGAAACUUCACAGCAGGGAAUGUCUGAAGAAGUUUCAAUCCAGUUUGAGAGAAUUAAUCUCUUUACAGGAGAUGACCCAUAUUCCAUUUUAGAAGAUUUGUGGCAAGAUGAUAAACAGACAGGGAGAUGUGAGGAAAACCAGAACACAGGUGUAACACAAGUUCACUUUAUCAACAAGGGACCACUAUUUAAUGAGAGAGACUGUGAAUAUAAGGACAAUGGGAAAAUUGAUCAUGUAAACACAUACCUUGUUCCUGCAAGAAAAAGACUCCAGAACUAUGAAUCAUUUGGAAGGAGUUUGAAGCCUAUUGUAAGCUUAUGUGAUUAUAGAAACAAUGCAAGAGGAAAUCCUGAUAAGAUUAUUGGAUAUGGUAAUAUUUUCACUCAUAUGAAUCCUCAUACAGAAACGAAUGCUUGUGAAUAUAACCAGUGUAAGAAACUUCUGAGUCAUAAGCAAGCUCUCAUUCAACAUCAAAAAAUUCAUACUGAGGAGAAUCUCAAUUUAUUUUCUGAUUAUGUAAAAAUUUUCACCCAGAAGCCACACCUCUUUGCACAUCAAAGUAUUUGUGCUGAAGAGAAACAGCAUGAAUGCAGCAAAUGUGAGGUAGUCUUCACUCAGAAGCCCCAACUUGCUGUACCUCAGAAGGCUUCUAUAGGAGGGAAACCCUGUACACGCACUGAAUAUGAGAAGGACUUGUCCCUCAAGUCAAAUCAUGAGAAAACUCACACUGAGGAGAAUCACUGUAAAUGCAAUGAAUAUGGAAAAGCCUUUAUCCAGAAGUCAGAUCUGUUCAGAUGCCAAGGAAUUCAUAUUGGAGAAAAACCCUAUGAAUAUAGUGAGUGUGGGAAAAAUGUCUCUCAGAAUUCAAACCUCAGUGUACAUAAAAAAAUCCAUACUGGAGAGAAACACUUUGAAUGUACUGAAUGUGGAAAAGCCUUCACAAGGAAGUCAACUCUAAGUAUGCAUCAGAAAAUUCAUACAGGAGAAAAACCCUAUGUAUGUACCGAAUGUGGGAAAGCCUUUAUCCGGAAGUCCCAUUUUAUCACACAUGAGAGAAUUCAUACUGGAGAGAAACCUUACGAAUGCAGUGACUGUGGAAAGUCCUUUAUAAAGAAGUCACAACUCCAUGUGCAUCAGCGAAUUCACACAGGGGAGAAUCCCUUCAUAUGUACAGAAUGUGGGAAGGUCUUCACUCACAAGACAAAUCUCAUCAUACACCAGAAAAUUCAUACUGGAGAGAGACCUUAUAUAUGUGCCGAAUGUGCAAAGGCCUUUACUGACAGGUCAAAUCUCAUUAAACACCAAAAAAUUCAUACCGGAGAGAAACCCUAUAAAUGCAGUGACUGUGGAAAGUCAUUCACCUGGAAGUCACGGCUCAGGAUACACCAGAAAUGCCAUACUGGAGAGAGACGUCAUGAGUGCAGUGAGUGCGGGAAAGCCUUCAUCCAAAAGUCAACUCUAAGUAUGCAUCAGAGAAUUCAUAGAGGAGAAAAACCCUAUGUUUGUCCUGAAUGUGGGAAGGCCUUCUUCCACAAAUCACAUUUUAUUUCCCACGAGAGAAUUCAUACUGGAGAGAAACCUUACGAAUGCAGUGACUGUGGGAAAUCCUUCACAAAGAAGUCACAACUCCAUGUACAUCAGCAAAUUCACACAGGAGAGAAACCCUAUAGAUGUGCUGAGUGUGGAAAGGCCUUCACUGACAGAUCGAAUCUCUUUACACACCAGAAAAUUCAUACUGGGGAGAAACCCUAUAAAUGUAGUGACUGUGGAAAAGCCUUUACUCGGAAGUCAGGCCUCCAUAUACAUCAGCAAUCUCAUACUGGAGAGAGACACUAUGAGUGCAGUGAAUGUGGGAAAGCCUUUGCAAGAAAAUCAACACUAAUUAUGCAUCAGAGAAUUCAUACAGGAGAGAAACCCUAUAUUUGUACAGAAUGUGGGAAGUCCUUCAUCCAGAAAUCACAUUUAAAUCGGCAUCGGAGAAUUCAUACUGGAGAGAAACCCUAUGAAUGCGGUGACUGUGGGAAGGCCUUCAUUAAGAAGUCACAACUCCAUGAACAUCAUCGAAUUCACACAGGGGAGAAACCAUUUAUAUGUGCUGAGUGUGGAAAAGCCUUCACCAUCAGAUCAAAUCUUAUUAAACACCAGAAAAUUCAUGCUAAACAGAAACCCUGUAAAGGCAGUGACUUUAGGAAAGCCUUAAACUGGAGACCACAGCUCAGUAUACAUCAGAAAUCAGAUUCUGAGGAAGUAGGGUGCCCAGUGCCACAAUCAUGGUGUGGAGAUACAAAGUAGUGAGAGGCUACAGCUUGACUAAGAAGCAGGAGGUAAUCAAAGCCACCUUACCUCUGGUCGGAAGUAUGAAUGUCUGGAUCACAGAGCUGAUGUCGUUUCAUGUGUGGGGGAGACACUUUGAAGAAAGUGUUUAAGCAAUGUAUGAUGGCCAUGCUUAAUUACUGGACAAAUACUGGGAUUGUUAAGCCCCUGCAAAUAAUAGUAAAUAUGCAAGGAGAGAACUUGGCAAUCUUGUUUCAUGUUAUGGAUAAGCAGCUAUAUAAAUUCAGGGCUGUAUUCGAUAUUGACCAAAGGAAUUUCUUAAUGAGUAGAGUGCUAAGAAAAAUUUUAAUUGUUUAAGGAUGCUGAAAUGAAAGCAAAAGUAUGGACAAUUCAGGUCUAUAAUGAAGAGAAGCCAAAAGUUUUUGUGAAAAUUGACAUUAUUAAAGACACAAAAAAAGGAUUCUUUUUUUUCCCCCAUUCAGGAAGUCAUUUAUUUAUUGUUUACAGUAUCAGUAUGUGGAAAUUUGGAUAAACAUUUUUUUAUUUGAUUUUGAGAAUGGCAAAUCAGAACCACAAGCUUACUUGAAUAUUCACAGGCCUCUUUAGUUAACCAAUAUGUUCCCUUUUUUUAUUAAUUCCCUGCCAUGGCCCAGAUAACUCACACCUAGGAUGCAUAAAGUUUUCCCAGCUUGUAUCCAUACCCACAGUGACCAGUGAGGUAAGCAGCAGCCCUACAGACUACUUACUAUCACCUUAGAACUGGCCCUGAAACUACAGGACUUAGUCUCAGGUCAGAUAUAGAGGUGAGCACUUUGAACUCUUAGCCUCAUCCACAGAAAUCUGUAUUUUUUACUGAUUUCUGUUUGGGAAAGGGGAACAAUUAAGAAAAUGGAUUUCAAAACCUAGAAUUCUCUUCUUCCAAUUUUGUUAGUACAUUCUCUGCAUAGUCAUCACAUGCUAGGUUACCACUGGACACUACUGUUUGCAUUUGAGUUUGUCUUAAAAAACAGAGUUGCACAUUGGAAGACUACUCUUCCUUUCUCCUCCCAGUCUCUACAAAUUAAUAUUACUGUGUUUUCAAACCUUUUCUAUUCUCCCAGACUUAUUCCAUCAAAUUCUAAAAGAAGUGUUUUAUCGUCCGGAAUAUUUGUGAAUUUGUCUCUCCUUUAGAUCAACCCUUUUGUGUUUUAUAUAUUUUGAGUCUUUGUUUUUACAUACAUUCACAUUUAGAAUCGUUACACUCUUCCUGGUUAAUUGAAAUUUAAUCAUUAUGAAAUGUCCAUUUUUAUUGCUACUGAUGCUUUUUUUGCCUUAAAAUUUACUGCAUCAGAUGUUAAUACUGUAUGUACACUUCACUUAUUGAAGGCUGAUUUAAAUUAGUAUCCACACCACUCUG